UACUAACGAAAGUCAUCUAACGAAAAGAAAUGUAAAUGCGAAAAAAUCACUGAAAUUCUGCAAAAAUCCCAAAUCAAAAAAGAAAAAAAUAAUAAAUUUAUUGGCAAUUUCUAAAAUAAAAAGUAAAACAAAAAGAAUUGAAUAAGAAAAUCGUACACGUAUCGAAAAGAAGAAGCUAAAGUUAGAAAGAAAAAAAACUAAAUUAUUGAGAAGCACACGCCCUUAGUGUGCAAGGCAUACAUGUACAUACAGGAGUAGCAGAAACAAAAGCAACAUCACCAACAACAGCAACAAUAACAACAGCAGCAGCAGUAGAAAAUCUGCCAGCCACCAACAUCCUCAGCAUCGAAGCCAGUGGCAGCAGCAACCUUUCCUUUUGGUGCACACUCUCAUUGCCACAUCCAUACACACACACAGGGAUACACGAGCACACACACACACUACCCCCAGGAUGAAAAGAUUUGGUGUGGCUGUGUGCGUGAUGUUUGACUGAAGCCUGGGAAUUGUGGGCUUAUAAAGCUCAAUGUGAUUUUAAAAAUACAUCAACAUCAGAAAAAAAACAAGUCGCCAACAACAAACCGAGCCACCAAAUCAACCAAAAAACGGAUUAAGAAUUAAGGCCUUCCACCAAGACAAUGUGUAAAUGUGUUAACAAUAAUUAUUUCGAGUUUAUAAAAUGACGCAACGCGGUUACAAAAGAAGGCGUAAAGGGUAAAUGCCGAUUGCAGCAAAUACUCCAACGCCUCUGAACGAAAUCGGCAAAGAAAAACUACCCUUUUCCAAAACUUAUCACAAAUUCAGUGUCACGAAAAAGAAACAAACAAACAACUCGUUCAAAACCCAUUACAAAAAUCUACGCAUUUUUGUCGAGCAUUGUAUAACUGGAAAGAUAAACAGAAAACCGAAACCAAAAUCAAAAAAGAAAAUAUUCUGCAACAACAGCUCUCCUUAAGACAAGGACUACAAAGGCGACGAAGACGGCGAGCUGUUAGACUUUAAAACACCCACACAUCUGUGUACGCAGUCGUUGGAGUUGCCCAAAAUACGCGUAUACACAUCACAUCACGGCACCAAGCCAAGCCAAGCUAAAUCGAAACGAAACAAAGCCAAAGCAAGGGAUACGGUCUAGCAAAGCAAAGGCAUAAAGUCGAAAAAGUAGCAACUCACACUUCCCCCUCCAAGUCCCUCCCUGCCGCACUCAAGCUACCGUUGCCAACACACCCACCAGUCCUGCAAAUAGUCCCACAGAAUCUCUCAGGCAGCUAGACAGUCGUCCAUCAGGCAUUUCGUGUGUUUGUGUGAGUGUAUGUAAUAAAUGUUCCUCUUGAUUGUUCAACAUCGACAACAGCAACAACAACAACAACAACCUAACUACUAAACCAGCCAACAACAACAGCAACGAAUCCAUUGUUGUGGCUUAAAACACCUGCAAUUCAUCUUCAACAUUAAAGGGAUAAUGUUCAAAUCGUUUGUUUUAGCGAUUUUUGUGCGUUUGGUUCUUGGUGAUGAUGGCGAACCCUUUUCAACGUUGCAUCAUUUCGGGUCUGUAAUAAAAUAUGGCACACCAAAACAUUUCCUAGAUGAUCCCAAUUAUCCGCAUGACAAUGCCGAGGCUUAUCAUCAGCAACAACUGCAGCAGCACCAUCGGCUGCGUUCAGCUGGAGGCGUGGUCACGACUGGCCGACAAACAACCAGCAAUCGGCAGCAAAAGAAACAAUCGCUGCCGAAGGAGUACGAUGACUAUGAUCAGGGCGAUCAUUUAGACUACCCCGAUUAUGGCAUUCAUCCAUCGGAUGGUCCGCCGCACAACAUAGAUGAUGGCUCAUACGAGCCACCCACUUUUCUGCCGGCCAAUGUGGGUCGGCAUCCGCCGAUUGUGCCACGCAGUGGCGUGUACACGGUCCGAGAUUCGGCCAGUCGUCGUGACUCGACGCGAGACGUGUACAUGAACGGUUUCCAUUCCAAGCUGAGAGUUUUUCGCCCUAGCAUUACGCUGAUGCACGAUGAGGCACGCCUGGCCGCUUCCAAUGACGGCACCUCUCGCAACUGUCCCAAUGUGUGCGGAGACAUGCAAUGGCAGUGCCCCACCAAAUGCAAUUGUAUUCAGGCCUCGCAGCGUUGCGACAAGAUACCUCAAUGCGAUGACGGUUCGGAUGAGUACGACUGUGUGGUACCCCAGGACAUAUCCGCCAUGUCCACCAGGGAGUGUGAGCAGGGUGGUAUGCACAUCAUGUGCGUGAAGACGGGCCAAUGUAUCAACAAAGACUGGCUGUGCGAUGGUGAUGACGAUUGCGGCGACUAUUCGGAUGAGACGAAGUGUGGCGAACCUGCCGAAUGCCCGGAUGACAUGUUCCAAUGCAACAAUGGUUUCUGUGUGAAAAAGGAGUGGGUGUGUGAUGGGGAAAAUGACUGUAGAGACUUCACGGACGAGAUGAACUGUAAUCGUACCAGCUGUUCCAGUGAACACUUUACCUGUGACAAUGGAAAUUGCAUCUCAAUUGCCUUCCGUUGUGAUGGAGAGCCAGACUGUUCGGAUAAUUCGGACGAGUUCAAAUGCCCAGCGGUAAUAAAUCGUUGCCCCGAGGGUGAGUUCAAGUGUCGUGGUGGUGCCGGUGGAGCCGCAGGUCCCGGUGGCCGGUGUAUUCUAAAGCGUUUCCAUUGCGACGGGGAAAACAACUGUGGUGACUGGAGUGAUGAGGAGAACUGUGCCCAAAAGCCGACCCAGUGCAGCUCCAGUCAAUUCAAAUGUGCCGACGGCAAUUGCAUUCCGCUGAGUUUUAAGUGCGACAAAGACCAGGACUGUGAUGGUGGGGAAGAUGAAAAUGAAUGUGGCGACAUGAACACGGACACAGUCGCCUCCUGUUCCAGCAAUGACUUCACAUGUAACAAUGGCCGUUGUAUUUUGCGUACCUGGUUGUGUGAUGGCUAUCCCGACUGUUCGUCCGGUGAGGAUGAGGUCAACUGUCAUCUACAAUGUGACGAUGGUCAAUUCCUCUGUCCUGCCAAAAAGAAUAUGACCACCCUGAAGAUCUGCAUUCAUCAGAAACAUAUCUGCGAUGGCCACAGUGACUGUCCCUUGGGAGAGGAUGAAAUGAACUGUCCCCACUUUAGGCCGUGUGAACCGGACUCCAAGUGUGAGCAUACAUGCAUUACCACUGCCCAGGGCAGAGGUGAAUGUGCCUGUCGUCUCGGUUUCCUAAUGCACCCGAACAAACAAAAUUGCAUCGACAUCGACGAAUGUAAAUACCUGUCCAACCCUGUGUGCUCCCAGAUCUGUGAAAACACCCAUGGCUCGUUCAAGUGUUCGUGCGAAAGUGGCUAUGCCCUCCGUCCCGACAUGAGGACAUGCAAAGCCUUGGGCGGACCCUUGACGCUGAUUGUGGCAAAUCGUUGGGACAUUCGACGGGUCUCUUUGAGUCACAACCGCUAUUCGGCCAUCGUGAAGGGCCUUCACAAUGCCAUAGCAUUGGACUAUCACUACGAACGGAAUUUGUUGUUUUGGUCCGACAUUUCCACGGACGCCAUCAAAAUGGUUUACAUGAAUGGAACUCAAAUGCGCGACGUUAUAAAAUGGGGCUUGGAGUCACCCGGAGGCAUUGCUGUUGAUUGGGUGCACGAUCUGCUCUUUUGGACAGAUUCGGGUACCAGACGCGUUGAAGUCUCUAAUUUUGAAGGUAAUUUACGCUCCGUCAUUGUUUCGAACGAUUUGGAUAAGCCUCGAGCCAUCGUGGUGCAUCCAGGAGAGGCGACUGUAUUUUGGACCGAUUGGGGUCCCAAUCCCAAAAUAGAGCGAGCCUUUAUGGACGGUUCGGAAAGACAAACAAUUGUUGUCAAAGGCGUUAUAUGGCCCAAUGGCUUGACCAUCGACUACCCCAGUCGCAAACUAUAUUGGGCUGAUGCCCGGCAGCAUGCCAUCGAGUGCGCAAAUUUCGACGGAACGGGCCGAACGAAGAUUCUCAGCACCCACUUGCCCCACCCAUUCGCCAUGACGAUUUUCGAGGACACCAUGUAUUGGACGGAUUGGAAUACAAAGACCGUCUCGUCGGCCAAUAAACUCACCGGCAAGGGCUUUGGCUCGAUCCAUGAAAACUUCCAUUUCCCCAUGGACAUUCAUGCCUAUCAUCCGGCCAGGCAACCGAACUACAAGGAUCAUUGUCCCAGAGACCGCGAGGGUCGCCGAGGUGGAUGUUCCCAUUUGUGUUUGCCCAACAAGCAGUCCAGACGUUGUGGCUGUCCCAUUGGCCUGACUCUAAAGGAAGAUGGCCGCACCUGCAACAGUGCUCCAGAUGAAUUGAUAUUAGUGGCUCGUCGCAAGGACAUCCGUUUAAGACAACUGAACACAAAGAAGACAUUGUCAUAUGGCGAUGUGGACAUGAUCAUUCCAUUGGACAACUUGAAACACGCAGUGGCCCUGGACUGGUCCAGUGAAACAGACACGAUCUUCUGGACGGAUGUGGAGAGGAGUACCAUCAACAAAGCCCAUCUCAACGGCAGCUAUCAACAGAAGAUAAUCAGAUCCAAUCUAGUUGGACCUGCCGGUUUGGCCCUAGAUUGGCUGACCAACAAACUGUACUGGACCGAUCAGAUAACAUAUCGCAUCGAGGCGGCCACCACCAAUGGCAAAAUGCGCACCCUGCUGAUUUGGGAGAACCUGGAAAAGCCCCGUGACAUUGUUGUGAAUCCCGUGGAUGGUUUGAUGUUCUGGACAGAUUGGGGUAAACAGGCCAUGAUCGAAUGUGCCCAUAUGGACGGCAAGAACCGCAAGGUCUUGGUGUCGACCAACAUCAAGUGGCCGAAUGGCUUGGCCAUUGACUAUGAGCAGCAGAAACUAUAUUUCGUUGAUGGUGGCACCAAGGUGCUGGAAAACAUCAACUUUGAUGGUUCUGGUCGAAAGGUGUUAAUAGAUGGACUAAGUCAUCCCUUUGGCAUGGAUGUCAGCGGUUCGCGUGUGUACUGGACUGAUUGGGACACCAAAUCGGUAUCCAGUGCCGACAAGAUGACGGGCCGGGACAUCACCACGAUUAUUGCCAACACCAGUGACCUAAUGGACAUCAAGGUAUUCCAUCGGUCACGCAGAAGGGUUCGCAAUGCCUGUGAUUCGGGAAAUGGUGGAUGUUCGCAUUUGUGUUUACUAAAUCCGACGUCCUAUACCUGUGCCUGUCCAGUGGGCAUCACCAUUCAGGCAGAUGGACACACCUGUUCGUCGGGUCCCAGUUCGUAUAUCAUUUUUGCUCAUCGCAUUGACAUUCGCCAGAUUUCGCUUGAUUUUCAUCAUUUGGUCGAUGUGGUGCUGCCACUGCCACCCAUUUCGAAUGCUGUGGCUUUGGACGUGGAUCUGAAGACGGGUGAAAUAUAUUGGACUGACACCAUGGAGGACAUAAUAAUGAGUUCAACGCCGGACGGUGACAAUGUAAGGCGGAUUGUGUACGAAAGCAUUGAUAAUCCUGAUGGUUUGGUUGUGGAUUCUGUGGGAAGAAUGGUUUAUUGGGCUGACGCUGGUCGUCACACCAUUGAGGUGGUCACUCUGGAUGGAAAACACCGUCACUUGAUUGCAUGGAAGGAUCUGGAAUCACCACGCGGCUUGGCUUUGGAUUAUGAGGCGGGCUUCCUGUUUUGGACUGAUUGGGGACAUUAUCGUAAAAUCGAACGCGCCGAUAUGGAUGGUGAAAAUCGCCAACGCAUUGUCACCUCAAACUUGGGAUGGCCCAACGGUUUGUCGUUGGACCUGAAAGCCAAACGUAUUUACUGGGUGGAUGCCCAGCUAAAGACCAUUGAUUCAUGCGAUUAUUCCGGCAAUCAUCGCAAACGUAUAAUGGCUUCACUGCUGCAUCCCUAUGCCUUGGCCUUGACGGACAACUACAUCUACUGGACAGAUUGGAAGUCGAAAGCGUUGCACAUGGCCGAUCGCAGCAAUGUGACAAAUAGGCGCGAUGUCAUGACCAACAUUGACGGCCUCAUGGACAUCAAGGUCAUAUCGUCCAAUAAAACAUUGCCGGACAAUGUCUGUGGCAGAAACAAUGGCGGUUGUUCGCAUUUGUGUCUGCGCAAUCCCUCCGGCUAUUCGUGUAAAUGUUCGAUUGGCCUGCGUCUCAAGAACGGCAGCAGCACCGAGUGUGAAUACAUGCCCGAGGACUAUCUGUUGAUUGCCCUGCGCUCGGGAAUUGGCAUGAUCUCCUUGAACACACCCGAUCUGAUGGAUGUGGUGUUGCCGAUACACGGUGUGCACGGAGCGGUUGUGUUGGACUAUCACUACUCGAAGAAUUUGAUGUUCGUGGCUGAUGUGAACUUAGACGUCAUCCGACGCAUCAAUUUGCGCGAUUUGAGUGACAGCAAAGUUGUGGUCAACGAACUAAUGACACCCAAUGGCCUGGCUGUUGACUGGAUAGCUGAUAACUUGUAUUGGUCGGAUUCGGAUUACAAGUUUAUCGAAGUUUCUCGUCUGGAUGGAUCUUGCCGCAAACGCCUGAUAAGUGAAAACAUGGGUGAUCCCAGGUCACUGAUUGUCCAUCCAAAGAAGGGCUAUUUAUUCUGGGCCGAUUGGGACUCACCUUCGCGGAUAGAACGCAGUUUGUUGGAUGGCUCAAAUCGUACCGUUAUCUUGAGCGAUAAUCUUGGUUUUCCCACAGGAUUAACGAUUGACUUUGAAAACCGUCGUUUGCUGUGGGCCGAUGCCCUGGAAGACAAUAUUGGCCAAUCAGACUUUAAUGGCAAGCGAAGAACGGUUAUUGUCCAAUAUGCUCCCCAUCCAUUCGGAUUGACAAUGUUCAAAAACAACAUAUACUGGACCGAUUGGUACAACAAAUCGGUGUUCAGGUCUCAUUUGAAGGAUCACACGAUUUACACCCAACCGGUGGAGAUUCGCAACUCAUUGAGUGGUGCUUUGGACAUACGGGCCGUUUCACGCAGACGCCAGGCCGAGGAGUGGAAUCAAUGCUCACAGGAUAACGGUGGUUGUACCCACUUGUGCCUGUUCCGUGGCUCCAAUUACACCUGUGCAUGUCCCGAUCGUCCAGAUGGCCGAGAAUGUUUGACGGUACCGAAAUUCUUUGUACCACGUCGAUCCGACGAGGCCAUGCCAGACUAUACGGAUGAAGUGACCGAGGCUGAUCUCAGUGGUAUUAACGAUGACUUUGACGACGACGAUUUCCAGGCACCGGAGCAGAUGAUUGAUCUCAAAGUGGUUAUUGUUAUAGCCACCAUUGUGGCAUUGAUAUUCCUAUUUAUAAUGAUAGCUGUUGUUAUAUACAUGAUAACUCCCGCCAAACAUCCACAACCCAAACGACACUCACGCGGAUCCAGUCGUUCCGUAUUGACCUUCUCGAAUCCCAACUACAAUGUUGACGGCACACCGAUGGAACCCAAGACGACCAUAUGGAAACGUUUCAAAAACGAUCGUGCACAUGAGCGGGUCUAUGAGGAGCGCAGUUUGACAACGGAAACCGGUUCAUCGUCAAUGUUCGUUCCAACACCGUCGCCAACCGCCUCGCCCUGUGCCAACAAACUGCAACUGUCCACGUUGUCGACGAUAGCGUAAACAGGCGACACUUGUUGCUUUCCCGACAUUCUAAUGUUCUCAAUAUUCAAGGUCGAAGACCUUCAAUUUUUUUAUUAUUGUUUUUAUUUUUACAUUUGCAUUAAUAAUAUAAUUAUUAUUAUGACUACAAUACAAAAUUUGCAUAGGAUUGCCCCAGGGGGACAUCCACAUUUUGAAGCAAUAUCCUUUAGAUCUAGGAUAUAAAACAUUUAAACAAAUACAACAAAAAUUCCUUUCUAAAAAAACUUUUAAAAACAAAACUCUCCUUACAAAGCAUUGAAAUGUAAUAUUUGUUUUUAAUAAUUAUUGUUUUACAAGGAUACUUUGCUAAAUUCAUAUUAUGUUGAAAAAACUCCCUCUCCCCCUUAAAAAAAUCCAAAUAAUUAAAACAAAUUCGUAAAUAUCGAAGUUUAAUGUGAAUUCUUGUGCCAAACACUAGAGGAGAAUAAAACCAACAAACAAACAAAAAUAAUUUCAAAAAUUAAAAAAAAAAAACUAAAACAUAAAUUGUUCUAAACAAGAAAAACUACUCCCCUCAAAUAGGUAUUAUUAUUAUUAUUGCUAUUAUUAUUUUCCAACGUUUGGUUAUUUUAAACCCAAAAGUUUUAAAAUGCAAAACUAACAAGAACAACAGCAACGUACUAAAUAUUAAUUAAGUUUCCAUGACAAAAGAUAUAACUAAAACAACAACAACAACAACAAAUUGUCAAAAAAAACAAAAAUAAACUUACGGAUACUGAGGUUUUCGCCUGAAGGCCGUCAUUUUUUAUACGAAACUUUUCAUUUGUUAAUGUUAAAUUGAAGAUGCAACAAAUUAAAACAAAAAUAAUGUACUUCCGUAAUAAUUGUAUACAUUUAUAAAAAAAAAAAAAAACAAAUGUAAUUUAAGGAUACCAUGAAUGCAGAAUACUACUCUACCUACAACCCAACCAACAACUUGGACAAACAAACAAAGUAAAAAAGAAAAACGUUAUUCCAAUAUCUGUAUAUAGAUGUUAAAUGUAUUUGUGUAUGUAAUUUUCCAAAUGUUCUGAAACAACCUAACAAACAACAACAACAACCACUACAUCGACAACAAAUUCUCCAAGAAAAUCUUCCAGCCACAAGCUAUUCGCAUUUACCCCUCUAGCCUAUAGGCAGGUGGGAGGGGACGGGGCAAACAAACGUGCCACAUAUUAGGGGCUCAAUUUGUGGCAUGUUUAACUGAUAGCUCUGGCUGUGGAUGUUAACUUGGACCUCAACUCCACUCGAUCACUCACAGAUUUCAGUUCAUUUCGCCAUUAUGCAGUUUUUGUUGCCAAAGAGAGAGAAAAAGAGAGAAAGAGAGCGGUAAGACAAAGUCAUAACAACACACUGUUCGUUAAGCGUAUUCAAAGGAUAAACGGGUUGUUUGAAUUACAGUUCCUUUUAUAAUACACACACACAUUCACACUCUCACGCAUACAUCCACACCAAAAAAUAGUCGUGUCUCAUAGGAAUCACAAUCAAAAUAUUUUAUUUUAAAAUAUUUUCCAAAACAAAACACACAGUAACUCAUGAACAAAACGUUGUAAAGAAAAUACGAAAAAAUAGGAGAAAGUCAAUAUUUUACCAAAAGCUGGAAAUCCCAAAAUGCCAUUCCCAAUAGUUUCCAUGGAGAGCAUUCUAUUCUAGUUUUUUCUUUCGAUACCAAAAUCGUUUUUCCAAAAUAAAAUUCAAAAUGCAUGGUCAAAAAGAAAUAUUUUAAAACUACUAAGUAAGUUUAUCACAAAUUUGACGAUCAUCUUCGUUUUUACUUCGAUUUUUUAAUUGGAAUAAUUCGAACCACAAAUGGAAUUCGUGUUUUUAGACAUAAAAUAUUAAUUAUAACAACACGGUCGGACAAAACAAAUAAAUGGAAUUGUCCGAAAUUCAAAUCAAAUACUUCAAAUAAAAAUUAAAAAAACAUUAAGAUAUAUAAUUUGGAUUUCAAUAGAUAUUGUCAAUUUAACAAUUCAUAUGUUUCGAAAUACAUCUCAAAUAUUUUUCGACAUUUGCAUAUCUCGAGUGUUUGAAUUCCAAAUAUUUCGGGUUUUUGCAUUUCAAAACAAUUAAAACUUUACAUUUUAGAAAUUGUGGAAGUUAAUUUUGAAAGGGGUUUUCUAUUAAAACCAGCUUACAGGCUUAGCUUGAUGAAAACAAAAACAAAAUUACAAAAAGACUGACAAGUACAUGAAACCAACAAGCAACAGAGACAAGCCAGCAGAUCCAAACCAUUCAUAGUCCAACCAAAGCGAAUAUUACCCCUCCAAGAAGAAGCAGUGCUCAACUGAGCAAUGAAAAACCAAGUCCUCCUAUAUAUUAUUGCUCAUUGCAAUCAAACGAGUGCUGUUUUUAUUCUUUGGAUGGAAAACAUGAAAUUUUCGUUGUCAUUGAAAAAAAAAGAGAAACAAAAAAUAGGAUUUAACAUUUUUUAUACACCAUAUCACCCUCUCCACCAAUGCGCCAUCCUCUGCAAACUCACUUGAAAUCAGCAUACAACAGAAAAACAAAAA